GGCAUUCAAGCUAAGUUCAUAAAAGUAUCAACAAAAGUAGCGGUACCGCAAUCGGUGAUUCAUUGGCGAGAGCACUGGUCGGAUCGCGAGGUUUGUCUCCUACAACGAACUUUUGUGGCAUACCUCUGACAUUUCAGUUGAUCCUUAAUUUCAGUUGUAGACUGAACUGGUUGCUUGUUGCCCAUUUACGUUCUCCUUCCCAUUACCGAAGUAGACUAGCUAGGUAAAUGAGGAGCAGAGUCAUAUGCAUCUGCAUGGUGCAUGGAGUAAUCUACAGUAAUCUACUGGGUGAAGGCUUGUUUGUGGCGUUCUUUUACUUGUACGUUGGACAGGGGGCUCAGGGGAAUCCAGAGCCAGUGCGUAUCCUGCUUAAGCUCUACAAGAUGCUAGCCAGACAGUCCUGAAGCCAAGUUUUAUACAUGAUUGCUGAUAGUUUGAUACACAUUUUUUUUUCACAAAAGUCCUUCUUCCUUAAGCUCGCCAGUAGCUAGAGGAAACUUGUUUGAUAAUCGGAUUUAUUACAGUUCCAAAGGAGGUCAGACAAAAGAGGCUGGAGGAAGGGAUGAUGAUCCUAAUGCGAUGAUUGAGCUGGUUGCUCUUCUCUUUGCUGGCGCGCUUGAGAAUGAAGUAAAUGUGUGAUGUAGCUGAGAAACCGUGCACUGCUAUGUCGUAAAUACGUCAUUUGAGAGAUCAACUUAUCGUCCUCGAUCCAGCUGUUCACACUCGCCCUUCAGCCCAUGUACAAUGACACGACAUUCGAAAGGGGAAUCCUCUUCAUAAACAAUAUAAUGGCGAGUUUGAAAGGUUAACUGUGCUUGUCU